UGAAGGAAUUUGGAGCCAAGAUGGCGUCAUGCAGCAUACCGCUGUCAGUGAAGAUGUCACCCUCAGCUUUACUGGGCUUUAGGUGUCUUUUAACUCAACAAUAUUCAUCCAAAAAGCUGCUCAAAUGUUUGACAGAGGUCUGCAGAAGAGGUUACUCAGUGGGAGCCCAGCAGCAGCAGCAGCAGCAGCAGCAGCAGCAGCAGCAGCAGCAGCAGCAGCAGCAGCAGCAGGCUGUGGUGGAGGACAGCGGUGUAAGUCCCGCCGGGUUCCGCGGUCCUCUGGAUCACUACACCGGGCUGAUCAGAGAUGGGACACUGCGGGAGGAUGAGCACCAGAGAGCGGUGAUGCAGACUCUGGAUCAGCUCCACAAAACAAUCAGAGGAUACAGCAACACACCCACAUCCUUCUUCUCCAAGUUUUUCACAAAACCGAAGGCUCCAAAAGGUUACUACAUCUACGGUGAUGUUGGCACAGGAAAAACUAUGGUGAUGGACAUGUUUUAUUCAUACGUUGAGACUGAAAAGAAAAAGAGGGUUCAUUUCCACGGCUUCAUGUUGGACGUGCAUAAAAGGAUCCAUCGGCUGAAACAGAGCAUGCCAAAGAGGAAAGCAGGGAAAAUGGCCAAAUCCUACGACCCCAUUGCUCCAGUUGCUGAGGAGAUCAGUGAGGAGGCUUGUCUUCUCUGCUUUGAUGAGUUCCAGGUGACUGAUAUUGCUGAUGCCAUGAUCCUCAAGCAGCUCUUUGAGAAUCUGUUCCUGCACGGUGUCGUCGUUGUGGCAACUUCUAAUCGUCCCCCUGUAGACUUGUAUAAAAACGGGCUGCAGAGAGUCAACUUUGUGCCGUUUAUUGCUGUGCUGCAGAAAUAUUGCCAAACUCUCCGACUGGAUUCUGGGAUAGAUUACCGCCGAAGGAACAGACCGUCUGCUGGAAAACUCUACUUCCUCUCCAGUGAGCCUGAUGUAGAAGCGACACUAGACAAGAUGUUUGAUGAGCUGGCAUUCAAGCAAAAUGACAUAACACGACCAAGAGUUAUGAAUGUUCACAACAGGAAAGUCCGUCUGAACAAAGCAUGUGGGACCAUUGCAGACUGCAUGUUUGAGGAGCUGUGUGACAGACCUCUAGGAGCCAGCGACUACCUGGAGAUAUCCAGGCUGUUUGACACCGUCUUUAUUCGACACAUUCCUCUGCUGACGCUGAACAAGAAAACUCAAGCCAGGCGGCUCAUAACGCUCGUGGACGCCCUCUACGACCACAAGGUGCGGGUGGUGAUUCUUGCAGAUCAUCCACUGGAUGAUAUUUUUGUACACAACGGUGAUCACGGUCACGACGAGAGCCACAUUCUGAUGGACGACCUGGGGCUGAAAAGGGAUGAAGCCAGCAGUCUGUCCAUCUUCAGUGGAGAAGAGGAAAUGUUUGCCUUCCAGAGGACGGUGUCUCGCCUCACAGAGAUGCAGACAGAGGAGUACUGGUUGGAAGGGGACAGAAGCGCCAAAUCACAAGUGUAACAUUAAGAAAAGUGGACCAUGUUACACAGCAUCCAUUUACUCCAUAAACUUUACUCCUCUCUGCCAAAAACAGCCCGGAAUGAACACUACUCCUACUCGUCUUAUCCAGCACAAACCCGGCGGGAAAUGUCGUACAGAGAAUAUUUAUUAAAAUCUUAAGACCAUUUAUUGUGACAUUGCACUUUACGGAUCAUUUUUAAUAUAAACUGUAGGGUGUCAUAUUGCUUUUAGCUCCGUAUCAUAUAGCGGUCCAACUGUAUUUACUUUUAUAAAUGUGUGGGAAAAAGCUGGACGGCUUUUGGAAAUGGAUUCCCGGAGGACUAUUAUGAAGAUUUAAGGGACAUUUUAAUCUUCUGUCUUUAUGCAUCUCAAUGAGUUUGUUUAUGGUUCUAAUGCAAACAUAAAUACAGUGGCAGCAGAUUGAUUCAGAGAUUUAAAGCUGCGUGUUUAUUUCUGAUGAUUUAUGCGGAUGGUGCUUGUGAAAUGUUUAUCUCAGAACAUUUCACUGAACAAUAACAUUUGACUCCAUUUAUCAGUAUUUUCAUUUGGUGGAUUAUAAACAAAACAUGUAUCACAGGAAGUGUUUUUGUUUAUAUAUUACUUCCAGGGCGCUAUAUUGUUAUGUAUCCAUCUUCAUAAAUGAAACAAACAACGGCUCAAGUUGGUUUGCCCUUUU